AUUUCAUAUCAAAAUAUCAACUUUAAAGAAAAAAAAUAGAAUCUCAUAGUCAUAUCAGUAUCUAACAAACAAUGAUUCUGAUUCCUUAAAAAGCUCUCAAAAUCUUUCAGAAUUCGGUAUCCGUACUUGUUUACCUCAUAAUCUGUAACAUUAACAAACGUGCUUUUUAACAUAAGCUAGUUUGGUAGGAAGGAUUACGAGUAAGCUUUUGUCACAAGGUUGGAGCUUUGUCCAUUCAAAAUCGUGGGUUGUGACUCUCUCUGCAGUUUGGUGCGGUUGGUGUUGGAAUUCUAACAAGGGUGCAUGUGGGGUUAUCUUUGGAUCCUUUGUUCCUUGAAGGGUUUACUUUGGUAACCUUUGAUUGUGAUUGUUUCAGGUUGUUGAGAAAUUGUGCCUCAUCAUCUUUGACUUAACAAGACUAUUUUUUCUGUUGGAGAUUUUGUUGUUUUAGGUGUUAUUGUUGCAAAAGAAAUGCAGAAAGAAAAGAAAUCAAUGGAGAUGGAAUUUUUCUCGGAAUAUGGUGAUGCCAAUCGGUAUAAAAUUCAAGAAGUAAUCGGGAAAGGUAGUUACGGUACUGUUUGUUCGGCUGUCGACACUCAUACUGGUGAGAAGGUUGCAAUAAAAAAGGUGCAUGGUAUCUUUGAGCAUAUAUCCGACGCUGCACGUAUUCUUCGUGAGAUAAAGUUGCUCAGACUUCUUCGACAUCCUGAUAUUGUUGAAAUUAAGCACAUUAUGUUGCCUCCUUCUAUCAAGGACUUCAAAGAUAUUUAUGUUGUUUUUGAGCUCUUGGAGUCUGAUCUGCAUCAAGUCAUUAAAGCCAAUGCCGACUUAACAAAAGAACACUAUCAGUUUUUUCUUUACCAGUUGCUUCGAGCAUUGAAGUAUAUUCACACCGCAAAUGUCUAUCAUCGAGACUUGAAGCCAAAGAAUAUACUGGCCAAUGCAAACUGUAAACUUAAAAUCUGUGAUUUUGGGUUAGCUAGAGUUGCUUUCAGCGACACUCCGACAACUGUAUUUUGGACGGAUUAUGUUGCUACAAGGUGGUAUAGAGCACCAGAGCUCUGUGGAUCAUUUUACUCAAAGUAUACUCCGGCAAUUGAUAUUUGGAGUAUAGGUUGCAUCUUUGCCGAAGUAUUAAUUGGGAAACCACUUUUUCCUGGAAAAAGUGUUGUCCAUCAGUUGGAUCUGAUCACAGAUCUGCUUGGGACCCCCUCAAUGGAUAGUAUAUCUCGGGUACGCAAUGAUAAAGCAAGGAGAUACCUAACCAGUAUGAGGAAAAAGCAACCUGUACCAUUUGCACAAAAAUUUCCUAAUGCAGAUCCUUUAUCACUACGACUACUGGAAAGGUUGCUCGCCUUUGAUCCAAAAGACCGGCCUACUGCUGAAGAGGCAUUAGCUCAUCCUUACUUCGAGGGACUUGCAAAAAUUGAAAGGGAACCAUCCUGCCAGCCCAUUAGACAAAUGGAGUUUGAAUUUGAAAAGAAAAGAGUAACAAAGGGAGAAAUUCGAGAUUUAAUUUUCCAUGAGAUUCUGGAGUAUCAUCCUCAACUAAAUGGAACUGAGAGAACUAAUUUUCUUUAUCCAAGUGCUGUUGAUCAAUUCGGAAAGCAGUUCGCUCAUCUUGAGGAAACUGGUGAUAAAAGUGAUCCAGUUGUGCCACUUGAUCGAAAACAUGCAUCACUUCCCAGAUCAACAAUUGUACAUUCAAAUAUGACACCCCAAAAAGAGCAGUCAAAUAUUGCUUCCAGCAAAAACCGGCAAAUAUCUGAGGAAUAUAAUACUAAUUAUGCGGAAUCCAGCGGCCUUCGGGGACUGCAAGUAGUUCCACUGGAAACACCUGGUAAAGUUGUUAGGCCAGUUGUUAAAUAUGAGCAUGGGAGUAUUGUCAGUGAUUCAUAUGAUUCCAGGACAUCUAUGAGAGAUCUUUAAAAUACAACUCGGAAUAGGAGUCGUUCAAUCAUCAGCCAAUAAUUGAAGUAUAUGACUACGUGAUGGAAGAGAAUUUAAUUCUUAGCUCGGCCAACAGACGAAGCUGACAAGUGUGUCUUUACAGGCAAAACUUACCCAUCAAUGUUGAAUCAAGGCCGAACAAGCAUCAGAUUUAACCAUAAGUAUUGAUACCAACACAAACGAAGAAAGGGCGAGCAAAUAUAGAAGAUGAUCGAAUGACCAUCGGCAUUGGAACAAACUAGAUGCAGUCUAAGGGUCAAUGUUAAUGGUAAGAUUAAUGGUGCCUGCCCCACUGCUCAUGGAAAGGAUGGAACUGUUCAUGACAAGAAUGUUUUCUUGUGAAUAGUUUGGCCAGAUGAGAUAUUCCUGUGGAGGAAAAAAAACAAAGGCUCUUUGUAGUGGAGAAGUGCUUCCCCUUAAAGAGCCAGCUUUUUCUUGUCAUAUAAUGUAAAGCUUUGGUUACAGCUAUCAGUAAACUGUAGGUUUAAAUUCAAUUCAGUCUUCUUUUAAUUUGGAUUCUAUGCAGUGUGAAUCGUGUGAUUGCACACAAUCAUCCGCAUCUGAAUCAUCCGAUCUUGAUUAGAUGGUCCCGAUGUGGUUGACUACGUGCAAUCAGGGAGUUGUGACUGCACAUAACCCAGCUCCCAUUUCACCCUGGCUUUGACAUUGAGAUGAUUAAUCACUUUUAACCAAAAAAAAGUUUAUUGUUUAUGGUGAUUGUAAUCUUUA